UCUGGCCUCCCUUUACUCAUCCUGUGCCCGCAUUGAACACACACAGGUGUCAGCUAUUGGGUGGAAUAUGCAAAUGGCACAGUGACGUGAAGUCGCUCUGAUCCUGACAGCAGAAAUAGGGCAGGCACUGGCAAGCGGCAGUUUUAGCUUCUCAUGCAUUGGAUUGUGACUGAGGAGACCUUUAAUAAGAUUUCUUACCUUGGCACAUUUUCUUCUCUUCUUGCUGAACAAGCCUUCUUCCGGCAACCCUGAUUUGUUUUUAUCAGUGUAUGAAUUCUCUGUCAUUAGUGGGAGAUUUUACACUCACUGAAUAGAUCAUCCUGCAGUGGCUUCUCUGGUCUUACUCUCCUGCAUCUUUUAUCAUCAUCAUCAUCAUCACUGGUUUAACAUAGACCUGUUAUAAUGGGGUCAAGAAGCCUUUGGAUGUUGCUGCUGCUUCUCAGGGUUUUGCUUCCGACCACGUUUGGAUGGGUAGAUUCAGAAAGGAGCAGAAGGUUCAAUACAGCAUCAGGAAGACUGCAUCUAAAGGCCCAAGAAAACUACGAUCAGACGAGAAGAAAAGUGCGGGAAGUAAAAGAUGGAUUUACCUCUCCUUGUGAAAAGAAGUCCUGCGGUCAGGGAAGGCGAUGUGUUAUCAGCUUAGGAUCAAAAGUUCCUCAGUGCGAGUGUCUGGAAAAAUGUAAGCCUCGAUAUAUGCCAGUGUGUGGCUCUGAUGGAAAAUUGUAUGAAAAUCACUGUGAGCUUCAUCGGGCUUCCUGCUUGCACAGAAAAAAAAUCUAUAUUGUCCAUAGCAAAGACUGUUUUUUCAAAGAUGACACGUGCACUAUGGCUGACUAUAACCGGCUUAAGAGCAUACUACUUGAUCUUCAGGCUAAUCGAAAGAAUACGCAAAGCAGCCCUAUGGAGGACAAAAGAUCUCAAAAACGUGCACUGGUGGAAAACCUGUUUAACUAUUUGGAUAUGAACAAUGAUGGUCAUCUAGACAGCUUUGAGUUGGCUCAGUAUGCGAAGGAGAAGGAACUAGACAAUGGCUUGGAUUGCUCAGUAGAAGAUCUACUUCGGUUUGAUGACUACAACAUUGAUGGUGACCUAACACUCCCAGAAUUCUAUACUGCAUUCCAAGUCAUCCAGCUUACACUUGCUCAAGAAGAGAUGAUCAGCGUGACUACUGUAACAGUUGGUUUAAGUGCUGUGCUUACUUGUGCAAUCCAUGGAAUUUUACGACCGCCUAUUAUAUGGAAACGUAAUGGAGUUAUUCUGAACUACUUAGAUCUGGAGGAUAUCAAUGACUUUGGAGAAGACAAUUCUUUAUAUAUUACCAAGGUAACAACCAUUCAUAUGGGCAAUUACACAUGCCAUGCUUAUGGCUAUGAGGAUUUGUACCAGACCCACAUCCUUCAGGUGAAUGUGCCUCCAGUAAUAAGAGUUUACCCAGAAACUCAGGCUCAGGAGCCUGGAGUUUCUGCCAGCUUGAAAUGCCAUGCAGAGGGCAUACCUAGUCCAAAAAUUACAUGGCUGAAGAAUGGUAUUGAUGUAACUCCAAGGCUUUCAAAACAACUCACAGUCCUAGGAAAUGGAAGUGAGCUCCACAUUACCAGCGUACGUUAUGAAGACACCGGAGCUUAUACAUGCAUUGCCAAGAAUGAGGUUGGGGUCGACGAAGACAUUUCUUCCCUUUUCAUUGAAGAUUCUGCCAAAAAAACCCUGGCAAACAUUCUAUGGCGAGAGGAAGGAUUGAGUGUGGGGAACAUGUUUUAUGUCUUUUCUGAUGAUGGAAUCACAGUAAUCCAGCCAAGAGAAUGUGAAGUCCGGAGACAGAUGAAGCCUACUGAAAGGAUCCUUACAAGUUAUGAAGAAAUGUGUGACAAAGGCCAGUUGUGCCAGUGGUCUUCUGCUAUCAAUGUGAGAAACAAGUUUAUUUAUGUUGCACAGCACGUGCAGAACAGAAUCCUGCUAAUUGACAUCCAGAUGCAGAAAGUCAAACAGUCUAUAGGUGUUGAUCCUUUUCCAGCCAAAUUAUUUUAUGAUAAAUCUCAUGAUCAAGUCUGGGUUCUUAGCUGGGGAGACGUAAGGAGAUCGCACCCUACAUUGCAGGUUAUUUCUGAUGCAAGUGUAGGAGAAAAUCUCCAUAUUAUUCGGACAACAUUUGAAAAUGUGGAUGACUUUUUUAUUCCUCCAACAAAUCUUAUCAUUAACCACGUUCGGUUUGGCUUUCUCUUCAAUAAAUCCAGACCUGCAAUUCACAAAAUUGACCUCGAAACUGUGAAACAUAUCAAGACUAUAAGUUUUACGAAUUUCAGCUGCAUUCCGGAAAAUAUGGCUUAUUCCCACUUGGGCGGCUAUUAUUUCGUACAGUGCAAGCAAAAAGGAUCGUCAAGUGCAUCCCCCCAGUUGAUUAUCGAUAGUGUAACCGAUGCAAUCGUUGGUCCGAACAGCGAUGUGUCUGGGACACCGUACAUCUCUUCUGAUGGCCACUAUUUGGUCAGUACAGAUGAAAUAAACGGGCGGCUCAAAGUCCAGACAAUUACUUCCCAAGGAGAAAUGAAACUGGUGUAUGACGUAACAACGAGUUUAUACCUUUCUGAUGUCACUUUCCAGUCAUCGUUCGCAGAGGGCAACCAGUAUUAUGUCUAUGCUACAUCACAUUUGCAAACACGUGUUCUUUUUGUUGACCUGUCUUCGGGAAGGGUGGACCUGGUGAAAAAUCUUAAAGACCCAACAGCACAAAAAGACUGGCAAUGGAGCACAGGGAACAGAAUAAUUAAAGGCAGUGGCCUAUUUGGACAGUAUAUUAUCACACCAGCUAAAGAUUCCCUGUUUAUUAUCAAUGGAAGACAAAAUCUGCUCCACUGCGAGAUCUCUGGAGUCCAACGGGGAAACACAGUUGUUUGGGUGGGAGAAGUAUGAAAGAGCUAGGUCUAAAAACUUCAUGAAAUGACUAGAAAACGGACCUUCAUGCUGCCUGUGACAGCAGCAAACUUGUACAUUUUUACACUGAACAAAAGAUCCUGUAUGAGCUUCAUGGUGCAACACUGGUCAACAGCUUGCAAGUUUUAUAGUAACUUCUAAUAGGAGGAUUUUUUAGUAUUAUUUUCAUUUUAUUAUUUUGCCUUUUGUUGUUUGCAAAAUAAACAAUAUCACAUAUAAGAAGGCUUAGAAUUCCGGGGGUUUACACUCAUUUACAUGUUGUUCUGUAGAGCAGACCAACACUUUAGUUCAGUCUUUUUGGCUUAAUUUAGCCUUUAUAUGCAAAUGCAGAAAGGAGAAGGAAAGGGUUCAUCACUUGGGGGUGCCAAUUUGUUUAUCACUUACUUCAGAUCAUCAGCCAGGUUGUCUGCCAUUUGUUACCUGUCCCCUAGGUUUUGCUGCAGCCCUGGGCUACACACAUGCACAGUAAAGCAAAAGUUUGGCUUUUUGCAUCUAAGAUCAAUUUGCUCUACUGCAGUGCCUACAGACCAGCAAGAUGGCAGGGUGACACUUAAAUGGCACCCUGGCUCUGGGUCUGAGGCAAGUGAUUAGAAUAACUGGGAGGUGCCAAAAAACUUAGCACCUCCCAGUUAUUAUAGUCACUUGCCAGACACACUUACUUCUCCUGUAAGACUUUAUUUCUUCUUGUUUAAAUUUUCUGUGGGCACCUAUUUAUAAAUGAUCAAUAUUUGAAACAAUGGUUGGAAUUUGAAAGAAUAUCCCAUUUUUCCAACUCUUUCUAAAACUUUUCCAACUCUUUUCCAUUUCAAUGUGACAAGAAAUUCCAGCUACAGUCGUGUUAUGUAUUUUUCUCAACUUGCCACAAAUAUAAACAACCCUGACACCCUUUUCCACCAACAUAUCACUUAGGGGCAGAUUUAUUUAAUUCCUAUUUGUGUAAUUUUCAUGUUUUUUUUCUACCACACCUAA